CACCUGGAAUUCGGCCAAUACACCGCGAUUCUAUUGAUUCAACCAUGUCUCUUGCUGACGAACUUGCAGCUGAUCUUGAUUUCAGCGACAAUGAGCUCCAAGAAGAAGAGAACGAUCAAGAGCUAGCUGCCGAUCAGGACCAAAACGAUGGAAUGGAUACAGAAGAUGCCGUCAUUGAAGACGAGGACGAGCAACGAGAACGAAUUGAAAGCAUGCAAAUGGGCAACCUCAAGAGCGUCAAUCAAGUCUCCAAGUUAUUAAAUAGCAAAGCAACCCAAGACAUUUUAAAGAGUAUUGAAGAAUUUCGCAAAGUCGAUCGCGACCCGUCACGACCCAUUAGCGGCCCGAUCGAAGACGAUCCGGAAUAUCGUAUAAUUGUUCAGUCGAAUAAUUUGGUUGUCGAACUUGAUAAUGAAGUUCUCACUGUACACAAGUUUAUCAGAGAUCAUUAUGCUCCAAAAUUUCCAGAACUGGAGUCUCUUGUAUUGAAUCCACUUGACUAUGUCCGUGCUGUUAGUGCCAUUGGCAAUGAAAUGGAUAUCACCAAGGUUGAUUUGCACUCCAUUCUUCCUUCUGCAACUAUCAUGGUUGUCACCGUCACAGGCACGACUACCAACGGACGACAAUUGACAGAUGAUGAGUGGCGUAUUACAAAGGAAGCAUGCGAUAUGGUGCUGGCACUUGAUGCAGCUAGAAAGAUGAUUAUAGAAUAUGUAGAGUCAAGAAUGAACUUCAUUGCACCCAAUCUUUCGCAAGUGGUGGGAAGUGCUACAGCUGCCAAGUUACUUGGUGCUGCUGGCGGUUUGACGGGAUUGUGCAAAAUGCCUGCUUGCAAUGUUCAAGUGUUAGGCAAAAACAAGAAAACGAACACUGGAUUUUCUCGGGCACUGGUUUACAAGCAUGGAGGCUAUAUUUACUACAGUGAAGUGUGUACAAGAUUGCCAUCGGAUUUGCGACCUAAAAUUCAAAAGAUGGUAGCAGCCAAAUGCGUGCUGGCUGCUCGUAUUGACACGGCACACGAGGCAAGAGACGGUCAUCGAGGACGGUUAAUGCGAGAUGAUAUAGAGACCAAGAUCGAAAAACUUCAAGAAGCUCCUCCAAAUAAAAACACAAAGGCUCUCCCCGUUCCUGAUGAAGGUCCAAAGAAGCGAAGAGGUGGUCGACGAGCACGCAAAGCAAAGGAAGCGCUUGCCAUGACCGAACUACGAGAAGCCCAGAACAGAAUGGUGUUCGGUCAUGCUGAGGAUGAAGCGGAAUCCAUGGACUCCAGUCGAGGUAUGGGAUUGAUCGGUAACCAGGUUGGCAAGAUUCGAGCAUCUGCCGUCGACAUGCGCUCCAAAGUCAAAGCUCCAAAACAAACCAAGCGAUGGGGACAGCAGAGCAGUGGUACCGCUACAUCUGGCUUAUCUUCGUCUCUGUCCUUCACCCCAGUUCAAGGUAUCGAGCUUGUGGAUCCAACUGCUGCUGCUGAAAAGGUGAAGCAAGCCAACGAGCGAUACUUUGGUACUGGAGCAUUUUUGAAUGUCGGCAAGAAACCAUAGAUGUAUUUGCUAGUGUGACCUAUUCUCAUCCACUCAUUCAUAUCCACACAUACACAAAACUAUUGCAAAGUAUAUAAUUUUUUUGUUUCUCCUUUAUUGUUUUUCUGUCAUCAUUUUUAUUUUUUGUUAAUGGGUAAUGAUAUGAAAAAAGAAAAGGUCAUUUCAUUACGUAAAUACAAAUUUAACAAAACAAAAACUGUGAUCU